AUUCUCGUCCGGCGCGGGUAUCAAGAGGAAUCCCUGCUGGUCAUCCGUGGACUGGGCGUGCAGACGAGUUCGGCGGGGUCGACAUAUAUCCCGGGCACGAGUUCGACCCGGUUCAUACCGACGAGUGCGAUUCAGGAUGUGUUUAUUCACGAGGCGUUCAAGGGGUUUGAGGUGAGGUUCUACUUGAGUAUUGUGGUGGAAGGGGAAGGGAUGGUCGUGGUAGUGUUUCCGACCAUCUUGCCACGAAGGGAGAUUCUGGAAAAGGUCUGGAGAGGGACGAGGGCUUGUCUUUAUGAACCCAAGUCGGAUUGA